CUCGUCGCUAGACGUGUGUACGAUGUUUCCUCAAUUGAAUUGAUUUUAGUCUAAUUUAUUUGUAAAUCCGGUUGUCCGCAGAAUGGUGCAGAUAAUGAUGAAACAAGCUGGUAGUUAGACUGUGUAUAAGUGAAUAUUCGUUGUAGCGAGUCGUGUUGUGACAAAUUACAGUAGGUGAAGGUGAAGUAGGGCUCUGGGUGCAAAGCUCAAAGGUGUCAUCCAGUGAUAUUAGUAAAAGAAGCAAUUUGUUUUGAUGACUUAGGCCGAAUAAUGGUGUCUAUUAUAAAAAACCAAUUGCUGAAACAUCUUUCACGGUACACUAAGAAUUUAUCACCGGACAAGGUGAAUUUAAGUGCAUUCCGUGGAGAGGGUGAGCUCUCAAAUUUGCAGCUAGACGAGAAUGUACUUACCGACCUGCUGGAGCUACCGGCUUGGCUUCGACUAACGUCCGCCUGGUGCAAUUCCGUUUCGUUUCGAAUAUCGUGGACCAAGCUCAAAAGCACACCUAUCACCUUGACCCUGGAUGAGGUUAAGAUUACGAUCGAAACAUGUGAAAUAGCACGCAGUGGAACACCUACGACGGGCUUCUCUAGCAUAUCGGUGCCCCAGGGAAAGUACAGCUUCAUUCACAAGGUCAUCGACGGCAUCACGAUCGUGGUAAAUACGGUAAAUGUAAAUUUGAAAAGUCCUGCCUUCACAGCUUCGGUGCAACUGUCCAGAAUACGGGUAGAAUCACGUACACCCAAAUGGCAGUUAGGUGACCUUCCAUAUACCAGAAUUAAGGACUCCAGUCGAGGUCAGAUACUGAUAUUUAAGGAACUAUCUUGGCAAACGGUUCGCAUUGAAGCUAGUUCUACGCAAGAUACAAGUCUGACUCCAUUACGGUUGCUUACCAAUCAAGCCCGCUGUAGAAUAACCAUUAAGAAAAAACUGUCUGACUGUAGUAUAGUAGCUAGUAGAUUGGUAUUAAUAUUAGAUGAUCUACUGUGGGUUCUGACCGACUCACAACUGAAAGCAGCUCUUCAUUUCGUUGAUUCUCUCUCCGGGCUGAUCAAAGCGUCCACAAAUGUGGUCCAACGAGUAACAGCACAAAAGAAGCUGGAGACGCUUCCCGAAUAUCAAGCACAGCUUGCGCAAUCAUCGAGGGCCCAACAGGACACGCAGCAGUUGACGGUAGCGCAGCGCUCUUUUAAUAUCUACAACGUACGAGAGACAUCGUACCAUUUCUUCAGUCAACGAAUAGAUUUGCACCUCUGUGAUGAUGCCGGCAUCGGUAGGUCCAGCCAUCCCGACCUAAAAGAAGGUGGUGCCUUGCAGAUAUCGGUACAAGGAUUUCAAAUUGAUUACUAUCCAUAUCAUUUAGCGAAGGCAGAUCGUUCACAUUGGCCAAAGUAUAAAGAAGCGACCGUCCCGCCGGCUCUAUGGCUUGAGCAGUCAUUGAAUGCCUUCCGCGAGUCUAUUCUGAAUCUAAGUCAACCAAACAGGUCCCCAAACCAUCCUAGUCUAGAAAGAACAACCAACCUUGGUCAACAACCAGCACAAGGACAAGCGGCACGGAAUCCUGGAAUGAGUGGUAAUCAAACACCAAACACACCGGGAUCUCAAUGUACCGCAUCAUCUCCGAUGAAGAAACAUGUGCUGGAUAAUCUGGCCAAAUUAAUGUGUGUAUGUGUGGUAAUGAAAGUUGAGGAGUUCACCUUGUACCGUGUAACUACAUCCGGCAACAAACAAAUGCCAAAGGAGUUUAUCUCUGCACUAAGCAAAAGGAGGAGAGGUGAUCGGGAUCGUUAUUCGCUGCCUCCGGAAAUGCCGACGCUACAUGCAGAGUUCACCUACUUCUACUACCCUGGGGACUUCGUUUUCCCAUUACCUCCAUCCAAAGCUUUCGUCCAUAUUAAUCCGGUGCAGAUCAAUUUCGACUUGGACAGUUGCUUGUGGCUAAGCUCAUUUGUGCUCAAUCUACACGAGAGUCUAUUAAGAACAAGCAAUGUGACUGGAAGUCUCAAUUCGCCUUCAUCGUCGUCCUCGGGUGGCCAAUCGGUGCAGCAACCUAAUAUUUUGUACAUGGACGUAAAAGUUGAAGUCAUAAUGCCCAGAAUUGUGUUUGAAGCAUCGGUUAGUGCGCCCCAACAACGGGACCGGCCGAAGACAAUGACUAUUCAAGUGUCGCGCUUUGCCAUUACCAAUAUCCGAGAGAUGGGUGCUUCACGUGCCGAUUUAGCUCAAGCGGUUUCAUCGUUGCAAGAAGGCAGCUUAGUGUUUGGUUCCGGUUUCCCUUCAAAGCCAGGUGAUUUGUGUAUUGUAACCGAUAGAAUUUUAUCACAUAUUGCGGCAUCUGAUGUCACCACUGCUCAACCUACUUCACCCGAGAUGAAGUCCGUUUUCAGUAAUUUGACGCGUUACGCUAUGUGGACGGAACCCCGCGAUGUGUGGUGUAUGAAGUUGGAUCCCAUCUGGGCUGAUUUUUACGGGGCGAAAUCCGUAGGACCGAGUCGGGCGAUAUCGUUCAUAGAUGCUGUGCCCGUUACAAUUUGGUUACACGGUAGCUCUGAUUUCGAAAUCCCUCCAAAUGAGUUAAAUAGUGAACAAUUUCGCAAUGACUUCAUCAACGAUAUCAACAAAAAACGAUUCAGCAAUAUUUCAAACUCAACCCAAUCAAGCGACAGCCUGAUACUGUCGGUUAGCAACCUCAAACAAUCACUAGAUCUAGAUUUGACUGUUCGUCCUCAGAUGGGUGAAGGCAUCCCGCCCAACCGAUAUUUCGGAAGCCAUCCUUCACUCAUUGGUGACAAUGUGAAAAAGAAAACAGAAGAGGUGAACCACUUCCAUGUUCCGGUAGAUAGCGAAGCCAAUCUUGUUAAAACGGCGGAUCUGCACGUGAUAGCACAUGUUUCUAAUUUAGUUAGCGUUCAAAUUGACCACUAUCAGUAUCUGUUCCUAUUGCGUCUGGCCGAGGAGCUGACCGAGCUGGCAACGUUCCUGUCGCUGGAUUCGAAGCGCAUUCUGCAGGAGGCAAAUAUAGAACGAUCAAUAAUCGUUGGCUGUGUCAUACCGCAAGUGGAAGUUUCGCUUGUUAUGCCUUCACAAACGCCCGGCAAGGAAUCGAGCGGGGGCGACGGGGAAAGCGUGCUACCCGAUUCGGCCAGUUUAGGUGACGAUCUACUUACUAAUGGUUCCUGUUGGCCUAACUCAAUGGAUCAAACUAGAAACUCCAACAUAUUUAGCAGCACCGAAUGCCCUUCUCCUGUGGCUGUCGAGGUACCGGUGGAGUUUGAGCACCAUCCCGUGCCUAACACUCAUGGACAUAAUGUUCAAAUUCGUAGCGUCCCUACAACAUCAUCCACGUCCGGCGUGAUAUCCGUUGAAACAUCUUCUUCAUCGACGAUGGUGACUUCGAAACCUCAUCCGAACUCGGCAACCGAAACUCGUCAACCGAAAACCCGAAACUCGGCAACCGAUUCAUCCUCCUUCUCAAAAGACAUAAACUCCGGUCUGAACUCGAUGAAGAAAGGAUUCUCUCAUUUCAUGACCUCGAUUGACUCGGCGCUGAAAACGAACACUUCCGACGAUAUGAGUGAUACCCUGUCAGUUCAAUCGGACCUUAGCUCGGACUCAGAGAAUUACCUGAUGAUGUUGGGUGAAACGGAGAAAACAGCCGACUGUAUGGACGUGAUGUUCAAGCUGAAUCCGUUUAGUAAUGACAUCAGCAUGAGGGUAGAUCCGAUCGAAGUCGCCAGUGAGGUAUGCGAAGAUCCAUUCCUAACAAAUAUGUCAUCACCGUCCGAACCAUCCGAGGCCAGCAGUUUACGAAGGCGGGAUUUGGUGUCAAUGGUCACUUUUCGACUUACUACCGUAGAAGUAAUACGUCAAAAUAUCGGUAACGAUUCUUCGAUCAGGCUUCAAGUGUCCGCGGUCAGCUGUGAUGAGUGCGGAGCAAUACCCUGGGAUGAAUUUCAGAAUUACCAGCAAAAAUUGAAGACGAAGUUUGGGGCUAGAUGUAGAGCAUGGAACAUUGCACUGCACAAUCCGGAAGCACCUCCUUGUGUUGCGAUUAGAUUAGAGGAAGAGCUCACCCUACCAGCCGAUUCUCUUAGUAUCACCGACAAAAAAACUAUCCAAAGCUGGUUCAAACGAAAGCUGAACGUGGAGGUCAAAAAUAUCGAUCUGCAGCUGUCGAUGAGUUCUGUCGUGGGCUUGGGUGAUCUGACAGAAGAUGAGGUCAUCCCGACACCCAUCCCGAUGGAAGUGAUGGUAGAGAACGUUAAAAUCAAUCUUAUUGAAGAUCGACCACCAGUUAAUAUCACUUCGCCUGGAACGCUACCGAUAAAUCUGGCGAUUGGAAGGAUGUUUAUCACACGGGAUGCCACGGGAGUGUUCUAUUUGCAACCGAUAGAGAAAAAUGAGGACAAAUCAGGUGGACCACAGCCCCAUUCGAUGACAGUUAAGAAGGAACGGGAUCGAGAGGUACUCUCGUUGCAGCUGGUCAUGCAGCAACUUAGGCUUGACAACGAUAAUUUGCGAAAAAUGCUGAACAGCAGCAAACUGAAGGCCCGACAAGACAACGAGUUACUUCGUUCCAAUCUCAAGGCGGCCCAGGAUGACGUCAACAGUCUGAAGGUCGAUAAACAAACUCUAAUGGAGACAAUUCGAUCGCUUCAAGAUCAGCUCAUAGCAAUGAGUGACAUGCAGAAUGCUACUGACGGCAAAAGAUAGCACAACUGCAUGGAUUGCAUACAGUGUUGUGGCGAGAAUCCCUUCUAGAUACCAUGUUGUCUCGUCGUGCAUCUGAACCGUUUUGUAGGAUGUUCUCAUUGAAACCUUUCAGCCUUUCAAGCAUAAUUUUCCGGCCAGUUACUCAUUCUUCCCGACGAAGCCCGCCUCACGUAAAUUUCCCAAACUCCCGAUUAAAAUGUAUUCUGGAAAUAAAGUAAAACAAAAACACCGACAAGCGCAUAGUGAACAGAUCACCCACCGUUAGCCUGUAUUAAAAACAGUAACUUAACAAACAAAAAGAGUAAUUCUUUUACUGUUAAUAUUCGUGAACUUAAUGAGAAAAUAGUCUGUUCAUUACUGUUUGUUCCAUCCUACUUAUGAAAAUAACUAUGUGGGCUACGGGGUGUGACAAUAACCAAAUCAGUAGCAUUCACGGACAUUUUUAUGUUCUUUAUUCGUUAAACCGCAACGUGAAGGAUAGACCACAUUGAAUAGAACGAAAUGUAUGUUUUCUCUCUACAUAUAAUAAGCUCUUUUCCGUUUCCAUGCACUUUCGGUGUCAACCUGUAGAAGCUUUCUCGCAAAGCAUAUCCUUGCACUACACGUCAUUAAUGUCGGUUUUUGUACUAUUUAAAUAAAUUCAUAUAUUUAGUUUUUGCAACACAAAUUAAAACAUUACGUAGGAAUUCUCCUGGAGUCAUUAAUACGACAGUCAUUACAACUUCUUCAAUUUUUAAAUGAAAUUACACUCUUCAAUACGUUCCUAGAAUAUUUCAAUUACCUACCAUUCCUUUUAUCGACUCUCAAUAGCGAUACAACUUUGUUGACUGUUUGAAGAAGUGCUUAAACUGGUCAAUCCGUUCUUCUAUGGCAUAGUAGCAAAUAGUCAUUUCUUGUGAUAUUAAAUUUAGUUUCAUGCUAAACUGAGAAGCAUAUGGAUGUGUGUACAACAUAUUAGUUAGAGUAUUAAAAUAUUGUCAGUGGACAUAACAGAGAAAAAACAAAAGUUUGUGAUACAGACUUUUGUGUUAUAAAACAGUUAUAUUACAAAAAAUGUUUUAGAUUGGCACUCUUCAGCUAUUAGCUAUUUCAGCGACAGACAAAAGUAGGGAUUACCAUCAUUACUGUUAUUUCCGAGUGGAAUUUGUCAUAAAAGCUGCAGUAGGUUGUUACUUUCAUCUCUUUUCCACGUGGUUGCAACGCGAUGUUAGGAUAAGGACGAUUUAGUGCAAAAUGUAUACAAAGUGGGGUCAUUUUAAUAAAAGGUUUAAGUCUAGCAAAGAGCGUAACAAAUUAUGUCAGUAAAACAUGUAACGUUCACGGGCGUUGAAAAGAAUUACCGGAUUCAUAUAUUUACCAUUAUUGAAUUAUUCUCAAAAUCAAUACAAAGCAAAUCUAAAAAAGAUUAAA